AUUAUAUAUCAUCAGUUUUUCCUUAGAAACAUGUGUGGUGGUGCAAUUCUUUCUGAUCCCGACGGCGUUCCACACUGCCGUGGAACUUGCCGGAGGCUUCUUUCCGACGAUCUCUGGUCUAACCUCGACCCCUUCACCGACUCUUUCAGCUUGGAUUAUCUUAAUGACAAUGCCAAGAAAAACCAACUCGUUACCCGUUUUGAUUUUAAACUCAUCAAGAGCCACGAGGAAGUUGAAAAGAAGCCGAUUGACAAAGAAGCUACGAAGAAAGCUCCGAGAGUUCGAAAGAAUAUCUACCGAGGGAUAAGGCAAAGGCCGUGGGGGAAAUGGGCAGCUGAGAUAAGGGACCCGAACAAAGGCGUUAGAGUCUGGCUCGGUACUUUCACCACAGCUGAAGAAGCUGCUCGUGCCUAUGAUCAGGCUGCCACCCGCAUUCGCGGCGACAAGGCUAAGCUGAAUUUUCCACCACCAGCACCGCCGCCAUUUCCUGAACCACCGUCGAAGAAACGCUGCAUGGAGAUGACUCCGCCUGAAGAUGAGGUGAAAGAGAUGAAACUGAGUAGCCUUGAGAUGUUCCUGGGAUUGGAGCCUGAACAAAUGUUCGCGCAGUUGAAUGGAAAUGGAUGCGAUGCUACUGAUGAUCCUGUGAAGAUGUGGAUGUUGGAUGAUUUUUUCAGUCAUCAUCAGAAUCAGCACAGAUUUCCUUUUUAAUUAAUUGUUAGGAAAGGAGAAUCAUUAAUAAAUUAAUCAUCUUAAUCAUACAUGCUUUUAGUAAGCGAUUUCAUUACUUU